AUGACGUUAGCUAACAUUAUAAUAUAUUUCAUGGUAUUAAGAAAUGAUGACACUCUUGCUUAUGAAAACAUAGCUUUAAACAAACCCACACAACAAUCACAGCCGUAUAUCAGUACAAUUUAUCCAGCUGCUACAUUCGACUCCAGUAAUGCUGUUGAUGGUCUGAAGACAAACCUCUCUGCCAAUGGAGGACAAUGUGUUAUAUCAGCUAAUGGAUACAGAACCGCCACCUGGUGGGUAAACUUGACGUCAAUCCACAGUAUUCAUGACAUAAAGAUAUAUUACAGGACGGACAAUGCACUAUGGAUCAGUAUUUUGAAUUUUGUUUCAGAUGCUUCGAAUGGCUACACUGCUAGAUUUUUAGGAUUUUAUGUUUAUGUAUCUAAUACGACAAACAUAUUUGAUGGUCAUCUUUGUUUUCAUGAUACAAAUUACACCAGGGCAACAAUACCGUCAAUUGCCAACAUUACUUGUCCUGUUCACGGUCAAUAUCUCAUCUACUACAACAUCAGACCACAGGAUGCAGAACGUGCUGCGGAAUUUAGCAAAUAUGCAUUCAACGAACUUUGUGAAGUUGAAGUAUAUGGUUGUAACGAAACAGGCGUGUAUGGACCAGAUUGUUCUCUCUCCUGUCCUGACAACUGUUGUUAUUGUCACAUAGAAACAGGCGUAUGUGAGUGGUGUAAACCCGGAUAUAAGGAAUCUCAAUGUGAAUUACCUUGUAGUGCUCAAUUCUACGGAGAAAUCUGCUCUCUGAGAUGUGGUAACUGUAGUGAGGGCAGAGCAUGUCACCAUGUCAACGGAAGCUGUACAAACGGAUGUGACGUCGGUGUUUAUGGUGAUAAAUGCCAAACUCCAUGCCCUGAUGGUUGGCACGGACAUAACUGUUCUGAGAUUUGUAGUAAUUGUGAUGAGUGUGACAGAUUCUCUGGACAAUGUACAUCACCUUGUUACACUGGAUGGAAGGGACCCAUUUGUCGAGAAGAAUGCAGCAAUGGUGGGUAUGGUCAGGCCUGUGGACAGAGAUGUGGAGCCUGUCUGGGAUAUAAACAAUGUCACCACAUCAAUGGUUCUUGUCUAGAAGGAUGUGACCCAGGAUUUAAAGGAGAUCUUUGUGAAACGGGUUGUUCAUCCGGAAAGUUUGGUUUCAACUGUGAGCAGAAUUGUAACGUAAACUGUGGUGUACCAUAUCAAUGUAACAGAACAACAGGAGAAUGUCAGGGAGGAUGUCAACCAGGCUGGGAGGGAGCUCGAUGUGAACAAGUUUGUAAGCAAAAUAAGUACGGUGAAAACUGCUCUAAUUCGUGUGGAUUCUGUCAGGACUCAAACUGUCAUCAUGUAAAUGGAUCUUGUCCAGGAAAAUGUUUGGAUGGAUAUCAAGGAACUUUAUGCAAUGACAUAUGUGAGGCAGGAUUUUAUGGAGAGAAUUGCAAGAAAAAAUGCAGUCUUUUCUGCAAGUCAUCACGUGACUGCAACCACGUGACUGGAAAUUGUAAUGAAGGAUGUAUUGGCGGAUGGCAGGGUGCUAUGUGUUUAAAAGUUGCAGAGAAAAAGGAUGAUGUUGAUUGCCAGUCAAGAUUUUAUGGUGUUCUUGCCGCUCUCUGUGUUUGUCUAAUGACAAAUGCCAUUUUGGUUGCUUAUAUAUGUAUCUAUAGAUGGAAAGGGAAAGAAAAAACAAAGAACCUGGCGUAUAUUGAAGAAAAUGAGACUAAGGCAGCAUCAUUUAACAUGGACAUUGUCUCCAGUAAAAUUGACGAAGACGACAAGAACGGGUACCAAGAGCUGGGAGAACUGGCCCUACCUUCAGAUUAUGAUCGGAUCUGAACAUCUUAUACUCAUACAAUAUUUCACAAAGUCAUGUAAUAAAAAUUCACUCAUAAUAUAAAGACAUGCCAUCACAAACAUGUGGCUCUGACGUAAAAGCAUAUUUAUAAGUAUACUGUAGAUGUAAGCUGAUAUCUUAAAUGAUUAGUUUUACUUCAGAGAGACAGAUUCAUGUUACCGUCUCAACUAUAUCAUAUA